CAGUAGAGCGCCUGACCUCACUAGGCCGGCUCACAGCGAGGACUCCAGCGACAACGCCGCUACCCAGCACUCUCACGCGACCCAGUUGGAGCAUCAAGCGUCCGAAACCAGUUAUCAAACACACCAGAUUGCCGUACAACCCCUACGACCGUCAGAGUUUUCAAGUGCAAGUGAAUUUCCGACUACCCAAGCUCCUACGACUACUCCAAACUGCGCGGACCCAGUACGUGAUCAGCACAGGAGUGCACAUAGCACCCAGCCGGAUUGCUCGUCUGAACGACCUUAGCCGAAUGCUGGACAGCGACAAUGAUGAUCGAUGCGAGGAAACCAGACCGCCCGUCACUGUUGAUACCGUACCCGACAACAAUGCCCGGCAAGCACCCGGAGCUGAUGCAACUCGUCAUGAAGCUGCGGCCGUCAUAGGUGCUGCUGUAGCAUCCGUCUGUAGAUGGAAAGACUGCAAGAAGGUUAACAAAUCGAAUGGAGGCGGGUCAUUUCGCCCUUGCAGUAGGCCGGGAUGUGAGCGCGAAGCCCACGCUGCUUGCGUAGCAGCACUGUUGGAUGCAUUCGGUGCUGGUGGCUCAUUUGACAAGCUACGUGCGGAAAACGAUGCUACAACACCCUGUGCCGAUAAUUAUGACCGAUUCUGCGGUGGUGAAGGCCAGACAGGGGAAACGAAAACUACGCUCGCUCAGCAAAUCGUGCACAUGAUUUCCGCGAAAGAUGUUAUGUCUAAGAUUGCGUCACUGAAGUCGACGUUUCGUGCAGCUGUUGACUGGCUUUCGGCUACUGGGCAAGGAGUGGAAGAUGAGACUACACCGCGUGCAAACAUUCUGGAGAGAUGCCCCGAGUACUAUGAUCUAUUCGACACGAUGCAUAGUCGUAUUAGCACCCGCGCGCAGCUCCUGAACACCGAUCAGCACUUUCGCAAAGAUGAUACAGAGAGUGAUGACUGCAGUUCGAGUGAUGAAAGUGCUACUGACACAAAUGAGGUUUCGAGUCAUGGAGUGAGCAACUCGGCGGCGAAGCGAUCGACGUCAAUUCCAAUUUCUAUCGCUCAACCUCAAACAAAGAAGCCCAAAAAAAACGACUUAUCCGGGCACCCGACCAGCAACGCGAUAUCCAACUUGCUGAACUGGACGUCCGAAAAAAAGGAUCUCGGCCUUCGUGAAAGAGGGUUUCUUGCACGCCAACAACAACUGAAAAAUGAAGACCUUCUUGCUGCGGCACGGAUUGGCGAGGCAAACGCUCAAGCAACAAAACUCCGCGAAGAGGCAGAGCACUGGAGCCAGCAACGCAAAAUCGCGCUGCUUCGAGAACGAAAAUAAUUGUUGGAUGAGGGCAUCUCAUCCGACGAGAUCGACCUUCUGCUACCGUUACGUCCGCAGCUCGAGUAAGUAUGCCAGGACCUGCUCUCGUCUUUCAUGCCCUUUUGCGUUAACAGGGAGGGGUACAUUCAACUCGUCAUCGUCGUCCAGUCUGCCCGUCAUCAAUCGUUCGAGUUCAGCUUGCCAGUCACGUGGAAUCGGCUCCGCAAUCAGAAGGUUGCGCAUGAUGGCCGCACAGGUGACGUAGCGAAUCAGGCGUCUCCUGUGCUUUCCUUUCUUGCUUAGCUUCACCCGGAUUUCACGUAAGUAGGGGAACCGCAUUUUUAAGAGCCCAAUACAGUGCUCGCUUUUGAUUCUAGCUUUCGCAAGUUUGGUGUUGAUGUACUUGUGGCGAGAAUCCAUUUGAGCCUUCGGGGGGUUCUUAAAUGCAGGGAUCAUGAAGACCGAUACUUGAAAAGCCGAAUCACCAAGCAAGUAUUCAUUGGACUUGAAGUGAUCACUAGGAUGAAGCACCAUUGGACUGUUCAUCCAAACUCGGUUGAUCCCGGCCAACCAACAACGAUGUUGCGAAUUCUUGCAACAUCAUCACACGUCACCGACCCAUUUACGGAAUAGGAUGCCUUUCGGCAAUAGUAAUCUUCGCCAUGGUGGCGAGGCUUCAAAGCAAGAGAAAAUAGCGUUCCAUCCGUGAUACCCACACAAUUCACGAAAUCAUACUUGUCUUGCAUCCGCUGCGAAAUCAUGCGACGCUCGAUCUCAUCUGGCCAAGUGAUCACGGCGUCCUCAAGCUUCAUGAUGGCAGUUGAAGCUCGAAACAGAUAGUUGUGAACAGAGCCACUUGCAAUUCCAAGGAAUUGGCCCACUUUGGUCCCGGAGUUGUCGUUUCCAUUGGUGCCAAGAAACUUUAGGAGUGCAAGAAUGUGAAGCUCGGCGCCGCCACGAAAUGGUUUGUUCCCCUUUGUGAAGAACACCGAAUCAUCUUUCACUAACUCCAGUAGGCGAUAAAACACGUCACGAUCAAGUCGAAAAUGGUCGUGUCACUCAUGUAAUCAUGGUCGCGCAACAGCUUCAGCCAGCGAUCUUUCCUCCGUCGGUAUUGCGGCGGGCGAUCCACAUAACGCGUCGAUUGAACGCGCUCGAGUUCCAAUUACCAGUAGUCAUCUAGCUCGUCCUCCAACGAAUCAGCGUCGCUAAGGAGGUCGCGUACCGUUGCAGCAGCGCUCCGUUGCUCUGUGAUGUGACGCAGGUCUCGCAGCUCCUUGCCGCGCGCCGACAACCGCGCCAUCCAAGUCCAAGCCCGCGAAGGCGUAUGUAUGGUGCAGCAAG